AAUCAUCUGAUUUCAACUCUAGUGUAUCAACUGCAACCUCAAUAGGACCGAUCUUAGCACCGUUUGAACCCUGGCAAUCUCUACUAAUAGCCAUUGGAUUAGGAAUGUGCAUCGUUCUAACAGUUUCGGGCAAUAUCCUGGUUCUUCUUGCUUUCAUUGUGGAUCGGAGUAUAAGACAACCCAGCAAUUAUUUCAUUGCAUCACUUGCAGCCACGGAUAUGCUUAUUGGAACAGUGUCGAUGCCAUUCUUCGCAGUUUAUGUGCUGAUGGGGUAUUGGGAUUUGGGGCCAUUGUUAUGUGAUCUAUGGCUUUCUGUAGACUAUACAGUAUGCUUGGUCUCACAAUACACUGUUUUGCUGAUAACAAUAGAUAGAUUUUGUUCAGUAAAAAUUGCUACGAAGUAUCGAAGUUGGAGAACCAAACAACGAGUUAUUUUAAUGGUGGUAAUUACUUGGAUUAUACCGGCCCUGCUCUUUUUCAUCAGCAUCUUUGGCUGGGAGCACUUUAUUGGUUACAGAGACCUUCUUCCGGGAGAAUGUGCAGUUCAGUUUCUCAAAGAACCCAUUUUCAACACUUCCUUAAUUAUUGCGUAUUUUUGGUCGACUCUUAUAGUCCUCUUCAUCUUAUAUGGAGGAAUUUACAAAACCGCAUAUGACAUGCAAAAGAAAAGUGAAGCCAAGCAGAGGAAAAUGCAGUCGAUGGUUGCAUUAAGUGCAGGCGCAAUGUCAGGGAUGGCUGGAAGGGCUGCUGGCAUCGGAUUAGCCAAUAAUAAAUCCUCGUUGGACCUGAAGAGUAGAGGUGGAGGCAUGACUGACAGUCAGAAGCAUAGAGAGGCUGAGCAAGAUUCAAAUGACAAUAAUUUUUUAGAUGAAGAUAAAAAACCGUCGCCAAUCCCAGACGGUUUAAAAGUAGGAGAAAGUUACACUGCAGGUGGAUCAGGAGAUUCAAAUUCCAGCCAGAAAACCACCAGCUCGAGCAAAAAUAGUUCCACUACAAAUACUACAACUACCACUGUAGCAACAAUGGAAAGAAACGUUAAUUUUUCAACAAACAAGGGUUGUGGGCAAGAGGAAAAAUCUGAGAGAAGUUCAAGUCCAGCCUUUGAAAGUGAUGAAGACAGCACGAUUCAGAGCAAUCAAAAAGAUGAGCCCCGUAGAAGUUUGACUGGGCAGCUUCAAAAGGAAGAUAAAUGCAAAAAUCACAGAAAAAGCAUCGUGAAUAUAG